GACAUUUUUCUCUGUUGCCUUUGAUUUGUCAAAUUCAAAUGUUUACACGUUAAUAAUGGCGAAUAGUAAUAGUGUAUAAAUAUUUAGGAUUUUUCCGGCAAUUAUAUCGUAUUUUGGUGCUUAUACUCUUAUUUAUUGUGAAUAUUAUACAAACGGAAUUGCAAUGGAGACGUGUGUAAGAGGAUUUUCUUUUAUGGCCGAAAACAAAGCUGACAUGGUGGAUUUGCAGUUCAUAGAAGGCGGUGAGUUAGAGAGGGCGUGGCGGAGCAAUCGGAGGGAGCGAAUGAAACAGCGCGAACAGAAAAUAUGGGACAAAUUCGUGGAGGAACAAGACGUGGUCAAAGGAGUUUGCACUGAUGACCCGUACCAGUUCCUGGACCAGUUGCCCGAAUCCUGUUUGAAAGAGAUUAUGGAUACCGAACGGCAGAGAAUACCCAAAGAAAAAUCUGUCGAGGAGGUAAAACCUAAGGAGCUACCACAGCCCAGUAGUGGCAACCACCCUUCUGGAGACGACGGCCAGCACACGUGUGUGGUCACCUUCGCUGCCGACAUCGACAAGGGCAACUGCGACAUGUUCCACAUUUUUGAUGAUGACCAGUCAGGAGCUGAAGAAGAAGUCUUCAAUGAACCCGAAAGCCUGGAGACGGUGAGGGACAAACAAGUGGAACAAUGCCCUCACUCUCCGGAGAGACAUAUCGCCCUUGAAAAAACGUCAAGUAAAUCAUCGGAGAAUGUAACGCAUGUGAUUGAGAGUAGUAUCUACUGCGCCAAGGUCAAGGACCUUCGGAUGAAGAUCAAUGAAGAGCUAAUGUCUUUAAUGACUACGCUAGACCGUCGUGAUAUACUGACUUCGGAACCGGACGACAUCAUGCGCAUGGUGAAGAGAUCAGCGGAGUUCUGCGGCCGCUUCAACAGAAUCUACAUGUACCAGCUGCAGAGACAAAUCCACGACAUCAAACGCAACAACAGCGUGUCGUUGCCGUUCGCGAAACACACGCAGUUCCAAUCGCAGAUGGUGAGGAUCGUGUCUCUGCACCAGAACAUAUUGCAGUCUUUCCAGGUGUUCCACAAGUCAGUAUCGCAGACGUGUUGUGUCCGCGAGAGUGCGAGUGCGCUGGGCUCGCUGAUCGCGUGCGUGCGCGACUCCACGCACAUGUGCCUCAACGUGCCGCCGCCCAAGGACUUCACUGCCGCCCUCGACUUGUACAAGGACGACCUGAUAGUGACGUGCGAUAAAGUCGACGAUUUCGUCGGCGAGUACGCGAUCCGGUGCGAGGAGUUUCUUAACAGCUUCGUUAAUGUGAAUACGAUGAACAAUCCAAGGAAGGCACCCAAGAAACAAAUGAAGAAGAGGGGCAUCGCAAAUUGGAACAAAAGUCAAGUGAAGAAUGAUGCCGAAGCUCGCCUGUCAAUGUAUUCCUUGGAUACUCUUCGACUCAACUUGCAUCCUAAGUCUACGAGCUCAAAGGAUAAUCAAUCUAGCUCUAUAAAGAAAAGUGGCGCUAAAGAAGCAGCUACCCCUAAGUCCAAGCGUCAAAGUCAGAAUCAAGCUGAAAAACCCGUAGAGGCAGCCAAGGGCCCCAAAAAGUCCCGUCGGCCUCUAAUGCGUGACCCUCACGCUGGACGUCCAAGAGCACCAAAGCCGAUUCGCGAAAACGAUAUCCGCACUAUGGUCGAAGCUGUUGAGACGUGUGCUUCGAGCCACAUAAGUCGCGAGGCGUCCCCCCGUCCGCUGGGCACGGCCCCGGUAUGCCCGCGGCGCAAGGCGGCCACCCCGCGCCGCGCGCCGCACACCCCGCGCACCCCCACCCCGCUCGCCCCACUCACACCACACAGAACAUACUCUCCACUCCGACACCCAUCACCACUAAGAACGCCAUCACCACUCAGAUGUAACUCACCUUUAACUCCCCUUAUACCACUCACGCCACGCACGCCUCGCUCGCCCAUAUCGUUGCACCGACGUCACUCUCCAAGAGUGAACCUCGCCGGCCCGCCGUUCCAUACGCCGCGUACUGCGCUUGACCCGCAUAGUUUUCGCCCAAGACCAAAGAUCCAGCCAUCGCCGAGGAACAAAAAACGCCCAGAAGACCAGAAACCGAAGCGCCCUCAUAACUUCAGCACCGUGAAAGAGGCUGGUAGUGGCACAAGAACGGACCUUGAAUCCGAAGACAUGAUGACCCCAGUGUGCAAGAUACGGUGCGCCAUGAAGAAGAGCCUGGAGCCUGAAGAUACCAAGCUGAGUGGCAGAGAACAAGCUACAAAGAAGUCGCCUAGUAGGCAUCGAAUGGAUCCGAAUGAGAAGAAAAAAUUACAGCCGUUACAGGCCUUCCCCGACACGCCUCGGUUAGUGCCUGGGCUCAAACUACAUGGUUCUCCGCCAAAGAAAGAUACUGAAGACUCUGCCAAAUACGGAGAAUGCAGCAAGACUGAAAAAGAAGCGCCCGCUGUACCAAACCGGGAGCCGUCGAGCGAUAGGAAAGACAGGAGUAAGAUGGCGACACUGGCGCCAGAUCGGUGUGAAGUAACCAGACUACUCAAACAAUUAUGCAGUGGAGAUGCAUCCAGGACGGAACGUGUAACCGGAGCUAAGAACGCUCAGCUGGUGUUUGUCAACGGCAACAACCCGCGGCAACCGAGUACGCCUCAGCUGCUAAAAAUACUAGAAGAAACGAUACAAAAGAAAAUCCCGAAGCCAUUAUUCGGGGCUCAUUCAUCACCGCACGGGCUGGACCGCUACCGGCUCGUGUUCAACAUCUCGGAGAAGACCGCGGACUCCCUGUUCCAGUACCGCACCAAGUUUGUCCAGCACAUGCUGACCAGCGCCAUGUACGCUAACAGUGCUGUCGGGAAACCCUGGGAGAUGAUUGGCAGUGUUUCGGAAAGGAUAAUCGACGAACUCCUACUGAAUAUCACAAAGGAGAUGCAAAUAUACGAUCUGGUGAAAGAGUUGUACAAGAAGGAGACAUGUUGACUUGUCAGUCACACUUGUGUUCCAGAGAAUGAGAGAGAGCAGUAAUGCGUCGACACGAUUUGAUACUUUAUAUUUUUCUUAAUACAUUUCUUUGUCUGUGUAA